CAAUCGUAAACUGAGAACCAGACAUUCACAAACUCCUCAGAUUAUCAAUUAACAAACACUCUCUUCUUUCUCAGAUCACAAAAUCAAUUCAAAGACAAAAAAAAAUGUCGACUUUUAGCGGCGAUGAAACGGCACCGUUUUUUGGCUUCCUUGGCGCUGCAGCUGCCUUAGUCUUCUCCUGUAUGGGUGCAGCUUAUGGUACAGCGAAAAGUGGGGUAGGUGUAGCAUCGAUGGGUGUUAUGCGACCAGAAUUAGUGAUGAAGUCUAUUGUGCCAGUUGUUAUGGCUGGAGUUUUGGGUAUUUAUGGAUUAAUUAUUGCUGUGAUUAUUAGUACUGGGAUUAACCCUAAAACAAAGUCGUAUUAUCUAUUUGAUGGAUAUGCUCACCUUUCAUCUGGUCUGGCUUGUGGUCUUGCUGGCCUUUCUGCUGGUAUGGCUAUUGGAAUCGUUGGCGAUGCUGGUGUUAGGGCUAAUGCACAGCAGCCAAAGCUUUUUGUUGGGAUGAUUCUGAUUCUUAUUUUUGCUGAAGCCUUGGCUCUUUACGGCCUUAUUGUCGGUAUUAUCCUUUCUUCUCGCGCUGGUCAAUCUAGAGCAGAGUAGAGAAGAGAAAGGCUUCGUCUGUUCCAUAAUUGUGAAGUAUCUUUGUGAUCUUCCUCGUUGGAAAAGCUAGUCUGGCUGUUGAAUUACAUUUUGUUUAGUUUUGGCCACCGAGAUUGUGUAUUUGAUUGCUUGGCUAGAAGAAUUGGUUCGUUUGUGCUGAUCAGCUGUAGAUUAGAUCUCUCAAUAAAGAUAUCAGGCUUUCUGAUGUUCCAUUUUUCAAAGACAACAAUUGGAUUGUUGUAAAAUGUUCCAUGUAUUAAUUUAUCAUAAAUUUACUUUUAAGCUUUCA